AUGCAGUCUGUACGUCCUGAGACCUUCACCGUGGCGUGUCUUUACAUAACAUUGAACUCCGCAGUCAUACCUCCGAUCCUGAGGUAUUUAUACGACCCAUCGAGGAUGUACGCAGGGUACGAGAAGCGGAACGUGCAGCACCUGAAACUAAACUCCGAGCUGAGGAUCUUAUCUUGCAUUUACAGAACCGAUGACAUAAACCCAAUGAUCAACCUCCUCGAAGCCAUUUGCCCGUCCCGGGAAUCUCCCGUAGCAGCCUACGUUCUCCACUUGCUGGAGCUCGUGGGACAAGCCAAUCCCAUCUUCAUCUCCCACAAGUUACAAAAAUGCAAAACAGAAGAGAUGUCUUUCUCAAACAAUGUGAUUCUCUCCUUUGAAAAGUUCCGCAAAGAUUUGUACGGUUCGGUCUCCGUAAGCACCUUCACGGCCGUAUCUAUGCCCGAUACGAUGCAUGGGGACGUAUGCAUGCUUGCGUUAAACAAUACUACGUCUCUUAUACUUCUUCCGUUUCACCAGACUUGGUCUGGUGACGGAUCCGUUCUCAUUUCAGACAGCAACAUGAUCAGGAGCCUUAACAAGAGCGUUCUUUCAGUGGCCCCAUGUUCUGUCGGAAUAUUUGUAUAUAAAAGCAGUCACGGUCGGAGAAACAUCAAUGACACGGUUUUAAACAUGUCAUCUUACAAAAUAUGUAUGAUUUUUCUUGGUGGUAAAGACGAUAGAGAGGCAGUAACACUUGCGACAAGAAUGUCACGUGACCCCAGGAUUAAUUUGACCGUGGUACGAAUGGUUACUGUCGAUGAUAAAGUAAAGGAAAAGUCGGAGUGGGAUAAAAUGCUUGACGAUGAACAUCUUAGAGACGUGAAGAGUAACGCAUCAGUAGAUAUCUUAUAUGCUGAAAAGGCUGUCUUAGACGCUACUGAGACACCGGGUGUGAUGAAAUCGUUGGCGGGUGAGUUUGAUAUGUUGGUAGUGGGAAGAGGGAAAGGGAGGAAGAGUGUGUUCACGGAUGGGCUUGAGGAGUGGAGUGAGUUUAAGGAGCUUGGUGUUAUUGGUGAUCUAUUGACUUCACAUGAUAUUAAUUCUCAAGCUUCUGUUUUGGUUAUACAACAACAACAACUUAUGAUUUAG